GUUGGGUUCCCUUACUUCCUCAUCUCUUCCCUUGUCCAUUUUUGUUAGUAAAGUAGCUUUACCACUCUUUCUUUAUUUUGGCAACUGAAUGCUGAUGCCAAGUACCUUACUUGAAAGCUCUCCACUUUGAUCCUACUUAUAGCAUUACCAUUCCCCUUCUCUAACCAGAUUCCUUUGCUUCCUGCAUCACUAUUUAUCUUAUCUUACAACCACUUCUCAUCCCUCAAAAAAUAAAGUUAGGGUUUUUCUUCACUAUAUGCAGAUCUAUGUUCUCUUCCUCCAACCCUUCUUCUUCCUCUUCUUCUUACCCUCCUCUUCUUCAUCCCUUCUAUGUUGAUGAUUCUCACAAUGAUAGCAAUGCUUUUGUUGUUGCUAAUAGUGAUGGAAGUAUGUUUGACCCAUCUUCAUCUCUUGGUACUACUACUCAUCAAGCUCCAUUACUGUUCCCAGCAGCAACAAAUCUGAAUGUUGCUGACUAUGCUGCCAUGCUCCAAAGGGACUGUUCUUAUUAUGAUUAUGGUGGUGGUGCUAGUGCUGGUGGUGUUGUGGGUGGUCAUAAUGGUCUGAACUUGUUGACAAAGAAAGGGAAGAAAGACAGGCACAGCAAGAUUUUUACAUCUCAGGGUUUGAGAGACAGAAGGGUGAGGCUUUCAAGCGAGAUUGCUAGAAAGUUCUUUGAUCUUCAGGACAUGCUUGAGUAUGACAAACCCAGCAACACCCUCCAAUGGCUCUUCACUAAAUCUGAGAAUGCUAUCAGAGAGCUUCAAAGAACCAAGCAAGCUAAUCCCACCACCUGUUCUCAUCAUGAUCAUCACACCUUCUGCUUCACCUGCUUCUCAUCAUCAAAGGACAAGAGAUUCCCUCCUCCAGAUUCAUCAGAUCCUCAUCAUCAUCAUCAUCAACUUAUGGAUGUUGAGCUUCAAGACCCUAAUCUACUAAGAACCAAUUUCAUGAGCCUUGAGAUCCCUCAACAUCAGGAAGCUAGUUUCAACAACAUUAAUAACAAUAACAACCACUCCCCUCCCAAUUGGAAUUUAUACCAAUGAUGCCACUAUAUAUUAAUGGAAACUUGAGCAUGAAUCUCUAUUCAGAGCUUCAAAUCUUGGAAAGUCUUGGGAGGAGUGCACACCAACAAUAAUAAUCAUCAUCAUUCACCAGGGAGGGAGCAGUAGCAUAAACAGUGAUGUGUGGAAUAUAUAUAUAAUAUGAGAUAUCAGUAGAAUGAGUCAUAUUCUCAAAUCUAAAUUACUUAGCUUUGACAAGGACUCAUCUUCAUGGAUCGAUGCAUAUUUUUCCUGCUGCCCUUUCUCUAUCAGUAACUUUUUUUCCUGCCUUAUAAUUUCUCACUUUAAUUACUUCUGUUUGCAAUGUUUUUCCGCUUAUCAUUCUUGCUUGCUUGUUUCUGGUGAUGAUGAUAAUGAUCAGCCAAUGGCACAAAUUAAGAUAAUGUUUCUGAG